AUGACUUCAUCCGAGCAAUGGGGAAUUUUCCUCCAUCGAUGUUUGCUGCAUCGAAUCGAUGCGGCAGAGUUCAGAAGCCUAUCACGACUGCUGUUGCAGCGCUACCCCAUUAAUGAAGCUUUGUUGCUUGAUGUACUACUCGAAACGCGACUUGCCACAGGAAUCAAAUGGGACCCGCUUCUCCCGUUGUACAUAGACUGUCUUUGCAAGAUGGGUCUGGUCCAGACGUCGACCGUACUGAACGCCCUUCUGAAGUACUCUUCGAUCCACGACAUUUCUCGAUCUCCGUCCGCCGAACCCUCUCUGAGAAGAAGGAGAUCGAAAUGUUACACCCUUAUGACGGACAUCAGGGUCGUUCAAGAUGCUAUGCUGUCCAUCUCCACUGGCGCUGUUCCCGAAUCAUUCUCUGAAGCGAUAUCUGUUUUUACUGCUAUCAUAGAUUGGAUUCAAGCAGUUGUGGCCUGGAACAGCAAUCAUACCGAUCACAGUGAUCAAACCCCGGGCUUGAUCAAUUCUCCCGACACGGUUUCGCUCUUUGAGUCCUUGGGAAUAUUGCUCGCUGCCCUAUCAGAAACUCCAAAAGGAUUAGAGGUUCUUUCGGCAGACUCUCAAGAAGCCUUGAAGAUCAAACUGGGACAGGCUCUGUCGGCAUAUCUUCCCAUCUGUGUGGAAGUAUCGCUUCCGUUGCGUACCCGACUUGACAGCUUGCAAAAGGGAUUCAAUCUUUAUGGCGAGCUGCCUACCAAGCCAUUGGAUGUUUCGAUGAUGGAGAGUGUCAACGUCAAUGCGCUGCAAUUCGAGGCCUCAGUUAUGGACGGUCCCAUAAUCAAUUCGAGAGCUGGUCUCUUCGUCUAUCUAAAUGCAAUACUCGUAGGACGUCCUUUGGUUGACGACAGCAUGCUUCUAAAUUACUUAUCUAACAGAUAUGGGGGACAUUAUGAAGUUCUUAUUGAGGAAACAAUCACUGCCGCCUUCGACGUUCUCUCAAAUGCAAGUUAUCGUAGCGAGUCAAACCGAGCAAUGUUCUUAUUCCGUUCCUUCCUCGUCAACAAGCUACCUGCUUUCUUCGCAGCCAUGCUCGCAGCAUCCAUGGUCACCCUACCCAUGGAGUUGUGUAUCAGUCAUGCGCUGGGUCGGCUAGAUCCAAAUACGUUUCCAUCCUUUUCGCAGAUCUUUACCAUGCAAAGCAAUACUGCACUUUCUGACGUGAGGCAAGAAUUCCUUUUUGCGUGUGCCUCGCACAAAUUGAUCCCUGAAUCCAGCAUCGAGCGACUUCUGGGAGAGAAUCCUAUGCAGACGCUGCCUGUAGGGGGACCAUAUAACAAGGAUGAUCUUGUUAAUCAGAUCAACGCGAACCCUGAACGAGCCGAGCAUUUGAUCGGGGAAAUCGAGUCCAUGGAGGGCAAUGCUGGUGCAAUAGUUGGCGCAAUCACUGAGGUCAUGCAUAACCUUUGCAACCAGAAGGAAACAAUGACAUUGAAAAAUAUCUGCAAUUCACUCUCUCGCCGACCCCAAGCCAUGGAUGUAAUCCUGUUGUUUCGAACCACAAAACAGGUGCUACAACCUCUGUGUUUAUUGCUGGACAGCUGGCAUUGGGAUGAGGAUCAAGGAGAAAGUCAACCAGUUUAUGACGAGUUCGGUAGCAUUUUACUCCUGGUGCUUGCAUUUGCCUUUCGAUAUGACUUGCGAGCACAGGACCUUGGUCUUGGUGGCAGCAACUCUUUUGUUUUGCGAAUUCUCGAAGGCGGUUCCUGCAGUCAGAAAUUGGAUGCUCUGAGCGACAAGCAGAACAAGAAUUUAGGGGGCUGGAUCACGGCUCUGUUUAUUGCUGAAGGCAUCAGUGAGGAGACAAUGUCGGCAUGCAGCCCGCAAGAAUUCUAUUUCCUUGUCGCUACUUUAUUCAGCCAAAGCCUCGGCGCAUGCGAAGCUGGGAAAUUGGAGUUCGACACACUCAAAGGUGGCUUUGAAUACCUACUCGAACCAUUCCUUCUCCCAUCGCUUGUCCUGGCUUUAACGUGGCUUGGUAACCACAUAUGGGAAACGGAAAGCGACCCAUCAAUCCCCUUAAAGGCUCUACAUGCAUUGGUCAACCCCGCUUCAAUAUCCGGCGAAUCCAAAGAAAUACAUCGUACCGUUUUGAACAUGACCGCGCGCGGCCUAGAGGAACAAUUGAAGGAUGUCCGGGCCCGGCACCCGUCUCGUACUGAUAUUAAGCCAAUUCUUGAUGCACUCGAGCCAUGCUUAAUCUUCCAACGAAGUGGCAGCUGCCAUCGGAGUGAGCUGGACUCCUGGACAAACCAUUCCCCUGGGGGCCUGUUAGGCAGCAUUCGAAGCAGCUUUCAGUCCCUUGUACUGUGGAGCACCAGUCCUGAUGUCAGCGUGGCACCACACUCCUACACGCACCGACAACUGGUGACUGGCAUACUGCUACUUGGAUCCAUACGCGUCUUAGGUGCUCUGGUUGAAGAGCUCAAACUGCAGACUGAAGCUGGGAGCGGUGCUAUAGCCCUGGAUAUUGCAGCGACGCUGAUCUGCGCACCGAUGGCCGAGUGCUUUGCAAUUGACCAGAACAAUCACUCUCACCAACCCCUGGAUCCUAGCAAAGAAACCUUUCCACGAUGCCCAAUUCUCACCCUUAGGAGCGCUCUUAUUCUACUUCAUGAGAACAUUCCGAAGGUUUCCGAGAAGGAUCCGUUGCGCGCUGAAGUCAUAGUCCGGCUAUACCGGCGAGUGAAUGCACUCAUGACGCCACCGUCCCAAGUCCCGAAUCUGGAUAUGAAUAAUAUCAUCCAGCACAUGCAGCUUGGAGUUGGAGGCCCUGGACAGAUGAAUCUUGAAGCGCCGGGGGAGUCAGGGCAUGGUGUCAGUGAUGAUGACGCGGCAAAUCUGAACCGUAUGUUAGACAAUGCGGCCGCUGCAGCUGCGGUGGGGAUGGAUGGAGGUCAAAGUAUGGGCACUAUGGGGCUCGAGUCGUCGAGCGGUCUAGACACGAGUAUUGACGAUGUGUUACACGCCGCUGAUAUGGCGGUUGGAAACCCGGAAUUUCUGGACUUGGAUAUGGAAGGUCUAUUCUGA